ACUGCUAAUGUCAGAUAUGACGUGUCUGAUUCCUGUUAAUCAAUAUUUCUCAUUAAAAGAGAAAAUGGUUAAACAAUGUCCACUUUGUGUUUAUUGUGCCAAAUUAUGUGAUUAAGCACUCAGAUUAAUAAUGUUUUAUUAAAAAGUUCAGUUUUAAUAGUGUUUCAAUAAAUAUACAAUUGUAACAAAAACAUGUGCUUUUGCCAGUCUAGAAUUCUAAUAAGAAUUGGUGGCUGAUGUUUUCUGCUGUUGUGUGUUUUUCAUUUGCCAGUCGAUUUUACCAGGUUACAACUCCCGACCAUGUUUGUUGGGAUGAAACUCAUUUUGGAAAAAUGGGAAGCUGGUACAUAAAAAGGACGUUUUUCUUUGAUGUGCAUCCACCUCUGGGAAAGAUGUUAAUUGCUUUAUCUGGCUACCUCACUGGGUACGAUGGAAACUUUCCCUUUGAAAAACCCGGAGACAAGUAUUCUGGGGUAAACUACAUCGGCAUGAGAGCUUUCUGUACAUUUCUGGAGCCUGUAUCCCUCCUCUGGGCUUCUUGACUGUUCUGGGAGAUGACGACUUCACUGGUUGCUGCUUC